AUGAUGUUGCUGGAGGUUCGAGACAAUCCAGAGAGAGAGAGAGAGAUGGAGGCGGAGGCGGAGCCGGAGCCGGAUGUCACCUGGGAAGCGCUGUUCCAGCGGCGCGUGGUCAUGGCGGAGGGGCACUGCCUCAACCUCCAGGAGCUUCUCCGCGGGCUGCUCGAUGCCCCCGACGGGCAGGCGAGGUCUGAUAUGGCCGGCAUGGAGGAGAUGCUGCGCGGGCUGGAGGCAGCCUCGACGCAGGUCGGCCUCGCCAUCGCCAACAUGGGCGCGGCCUGCAACCUAGCUCCCAUAGGCAAAGCGCCCAGAGAGUGGGCGCCGCCGCCGCUCCACUCCGUCGACGACUUCGACUCCCGCGUGUGGCUCGUCCACUUCCUGCUCCAAAAGGGCUCCGAGAUCGCCAAGCGUGUGCACGACCGGCUGGAGACCGCCCGCGUCCACAUGAGCGCCGCCGCCGAGAUCCUGGAGGUGCUGGGAGGGGACGACCACUCUCCGUGGGUGGAAGACCUCGCCAUCACCGAGCUAAUGUACGGCUUGCUGGAACUCACUGAAACGCUCGACCUGACGGUGGACCUCGUUGCCGUGACCACCACCGCGCGGGAGGAUGUGUUCUCUGAUUCGGGCGGCGUCGGUUGAGUUGAUAUCUCCGGUGACCAAUCUCGUACAUACAUCUAUCUGCAGGGAUUGGAUUGUUCGCUUGAUCGCUUCGCUAACGGUUGGUCGGUUGAUGUCGGUUUGUGUGUUUGUUUCUUGUGGCUGCGAUCUCGGCCGCCUUGGCCCCAUGUGCUUUUGCUCUUCUGAAUUCUUCUGAUAGAUUUGAUGAUCCGAACCUGAGUGUUGUUGAUGGAUUUUCUAUGCCUUAAUGGGAUACCCAUUCAUUUUCUCCAAAUUACAAAAAUAAUAAAGCUGA